AUGCCUGGAAUUCUCCCGAUGAAAGUGAUCAAGGUCGGGAACGGCUCUCAGAGUCGUAUCGCCCAGGCCUGUGAUCGUUGCCGAAGCAAGAAAAUCCGUUGCGACGGCGUCCGUCCCUGUUGUACACAAUGCGCCAAUGUCGGCUUCGAGUGCAAAACUAGCGACAAGCUCAGUCGCCGUGCUUUCCCUCGUGGAUAUACCGAGUCGCUGGAGGAAAGAGUGCGCGCCCUAGAGUCUGAAGUUAGGGAUCUCAAGAACCUGUUGGAUGAAAAGGAUGAGAAGAUUGAUGUGCUCUCUCGUAUACAUUCUUUCUCUCCUUCCUCGCGUCAGAGACCUAGUGCUGCAGCGCCGUCGCCAUCUGCGCCUGCAAGGUCCAACGCCCCCGAUGCAGAUGAGGGUGUAAUUCAAAUCCCACAAUCGUUGCCGCCUACCGAGUCGACCUCGACUGAUAGUGCAGGAAUCUCCAGUACUCGCGGUUUUGUUGACGUCUUCACGAAUAAACUCAUAGAUCAAAAUCGUUUGCCGUCAAAUGUUGCGAUCAAGUCUUUAGCCGCUCCCCCGGCCAUCUCCCAUUCCCGCGUCGACCAGGCCAUUCGCACGGCGCCCCGGCUCGUAUCCGAUCAGCUCAUCAACAUCUUCUUCCAAGAAUGGGCUCCUCUUUAUCCGGUUGUUCACCGACCCACUAUUCUGAAAGCUUAUGAACAGUACCUUUCAGGCACCGAGUCUAUGCAGGGCAGCAAACACGACUUGGCACAACUGAAUUUGAUCUUCGGCAUUGCCGCCCUUGCUUCAAUGUCGAGAACCAACCAGGACCCCACCUUUUUCGAAGACAAUUGGUCCUCGAUCCUUGAAUCCAUUGCCAGUGAUGUAUCUAUUGCAACAAUGCAAUGCUACGUGCUCGCUCAAAUGUACUGCAUGACGAAGGGCGACUACACGAGCCUCCUACGCUAUCGGGGUCUUGCCGUCAGUCUUAGUCAACAGCUUAGACUGCAUCAGAGCCAGAAACGCUUCUCGUCGAAUGCUCUCAUGGCAGAAACCCGAAAGAAGGUGUUCUGGUGUCAAUAUACUCUCGAUCGAUUCACCGCUGCUUUGACAGGAUUGCCUGUUCUACUACGUGAAGAGGACAUCAAGACCGAGUACCCGGAAGAUAUUGAUGAUGAAAACGUCACGGAAUCGGGUUUCUUGCCCACUCUUCCUGGAGAGUCUACCCGUAUCUCAAGUGCGAUCGCGCUAUUCGCCGGUUCGCGCGUGUUGAACAAGGUUUUGGAGGAUAUCUAUCCCUCUGAUGGAGGGUAUGAUAUCUCUCUGUCGAAGCUACGCUCAGUUGCAGAGCAAUUGGAUGAUUGGGUGAAGGGCUUACCUGCUCACCUCCGCCUUGAGUUUUCUCAGGACAAGCCUAGCACCAAUGUCACUAGUAGCCGAUCGCCCCUUCUGUCCCUCGUCUACUACUUCAUUCGUUCAUUGAUCCACCGCCCUGCGGUCUGCUUCGGCGAGGAGCACGUCCGGUCCCCUUCUAUCCUUACUGUAUCCGACUCAGCCAAGCACAUUAUCCAGAUCCUUCAAUUGCUCGAUGAGAGACGUCUCUGUCUCUCUGUGAGUAUCAAUCGGAAGGAGUUGGUCUUCGCUACAGGACUAGGCCUUCUUUGGCAAAGCAUCGGGCUGAAGCGUGACAGCAAGCUCGUCAAGGAGAGCCAAAAGUUGCUCACCGCAGUCAUCGAUCAACUGGAAUCUGAGUCGUCGUCCUCUGCUGCAGAGUUCAGCGCUUUGGCCAGUGUUUUCGUUUCUUUGAACAAUAGCAGGCAUGUGUCGAUUGGCAAACCGCAGGACAUGUCGCCACCCUUGCAGAGACCUUUGAAGUCCCCGAAGAAGCAACUUCAGUCGUGGAAGUCGCGCCUGAGUGAAAUGACCGGUUCAAACCACCACGAAACGCCGGAUUCGCCCUCCCGUAGGGCCACUAUCUGCGGAGCGAGUCCCAAUGCCGCCCAACGCCACAUCAGGUCCUCCAGCUGGGCCAGCCUGCCACCGGACAACUUCCACGCGCUAGAUGUAUCUACGAACAAGACAGUCUAUCCUUCGUCUUCCGGCCCGUAUGAUAGCAGUCAUGUGCUUUCGAGCUCCGCACCCUCGGAUCACCCGAGCGGACCCAUCACGGUAUCCGACUGGGAAGUCGUCCUGAGUGACAUGGACCGCGGUUAUUCGAACAUCUUCACGGGGAUCUAUGGCGGAAGGGAGUGUGGUGAAGACAGUGGUCCCUUCGCUUCCCUCACUGCUGAGUUCGCCCACAAGGGGGAUCCCAUGGUAGCACCGUUGUCAGCGCCACACGCAGAGCUGCAAGGGUUGUCUCCCGAGGCAUGGUCAGCCAGUAGCAAUAGCGACGUGCCAGCCAACCAGGAUCUACCGGCCCAGAGUGUCCUCAGCUACUCCGACGAAGGCAGUGCCGAAGAAGGGGUGCCAUACAACGAUCUGCGGCUGUCGCCGGAAGAGCAGGCCAAUUUCUUGGGCUCGUUCCGGAAUGUCAUGAUUCCGGCUGUGGAAGAUGAAGUGGAUGAGUUUGGACUGAUUAACGGCUGGGAUCGGCGACUGGCUGUCUGA